UCUGUCAUCUCAUCCUUAUAUACAGGUCCUGUCUUCUCAGUCAUCACAGGAUGUUCAGCAAAAUAAAGGUCACAGAAGGAAUGAUGGACAUCAAAGAGAUCAUACAGGAAAGAAACCAUAUUCAUGCUCAGAAUGUGGGAAAUGUUUUACUUUUAAAUCAGGUCUUGUUGUACAUCAGAGAACUCACAAAGGAGAGAAGCCGUUUUCAGGUUCAGGAAGUGGUAAAUGUUUUACUCAGCAAUCAAAUCUUUUUACACAUCAAAUAACUCGCACAAGAGAGAAGCCAUUUUCAAGUUCACAAUGUGGGAAAUGUUUUACUUGCAAAGGAGAUGUUACUCGACAUCAAAGAACUCACACAGGGGAGAAACCAUUUUCAUGUUCACAAGGUGGGAACUGCUUUACUAGGAAAUCAAAUCUUGUUCAACAUCAAAGAACUCACACAGGGGAGAAGCCAUUUUCAUGCUCAGAAUUUGGGAAAUGUUUUACUGGCAAAUCAAAACUUCUUAAACAUCAGAAAGCUCACACAGGAGAGAAUGCAUUUUCAUGCUCAGAAUGUGGGAAAUGUUUUACUGACAAAUCAAGUCUUGUUAAACAUCAAAGAACUCACACAGGAGAGAAACCAUUUUCAUGUUCAGAAUGUGGGAAAUGUUAUACUGGCAAAUCAAGUCUUCUUAAACAUCAGAAAACUCACAUAGGAGAGAAGCUAUUUUCAAAUCACAUCUUGUUAAACAUAAAAGAACUCACACAGGAGAGAAGCCAAUUUAGAGCAAUAAAUGAUGCAGAUAACACAUCUAUAUAUUCACCAUGUACAUAGGAUAUCUGACAUUUAUACAUAUAUCAUAUACUGCAUCUCCAAACUUGUUCCCAAUUGUUAAUAAAAGUUUUCUAUUAGAACGUAGUCACCGAUCCAGCGAUGUCAUCACUAUAGUUUACAUGGUAGGAGAAGAGUGUGGUAUAUGGUUGUGAUAUUACAUAGUUACAUAGUUAGUACGGUCGAAAA